UUUACAUUUCGGAGAUCAAAGUAGACAGACGGGCGCACUUCGUUUUGUUUCGUUUCGUGUGUGCGCGUGAGUGAGUUGAAUUUUGAGUAUCGUUCGAUUUGUUUUAAAAUCGACAACUAGCGCGAAAUAAUAUUCGUUUAUUAAAAAUAUUUCGCAACAAAUGUGCUGCAUUGCGUCAACCAAGUGAAAUUGAAGUCGGCAACAAAAACAGAAAACAAAACAAAUUAUACUUGCUGGCGUCUCGCACACACACAAUCACACACAUCUAUAGAUCGUACAAAAAAGAAAAGACAAUGAAAAUGCAGCUAAAGUGAAACAACAAACAGUUUAGUAAGCAAGAAUUAAGAGCAAGUAAAAAAACUGUGAUAAUUGUGAGCUGGCAGCUAGUACAUAAAUACAAAAAAAAAAAGAAACUAAAAAGAAUCAAUAACAAAAUGGAUAGCAGCAACACAGUCGAAGCUAACAAAAUAGUCAACUAUGCGCUGCCUCAACUUAGCAGCAGCAGCAACAACAACAACAAUAAUAAUAAUGCAGCAUCAACAACAGCUGUUCUUACACCCACCACCCCCUCCUCAUCCUCUACCCACUCCAUGUCCACGCCAACGAAAGAAUUUGCCAAUGCACAAAUGCUGCGGACCAUUAGAGAAAAGCUGCUGCGUACUCCGCCCGGCGGCAUUUGUGAGCUGCAUACUGCGCUUGGUUUUGCGGAGCAGACGAGCAGUUGGAUUCUUGCAACUGGAGCUGGAACUGGAACGGGAACGUGUGUUGGAGCCGAGCAGCCUGUGAGAGUGAUAAAGAGCCGUUAUUUGAUCAGUGCCCAGCCAAGUCCGAUUUCGGCAGCAGCUGCAGCCAAAACACCUGCCUCCUACCGCCACCUCAUCGAUCUGACAUCAUCGAAUCUGCAGUGCGUCGAUCUCUUCACUGGCCAACAUUUUCUCUGCAAGAUCAUCAACGAGCCGCUGCACAAAGUGCAACGCGCUUACUUCCAACUCGAGCAGGACGAGAAGCAGCUGUGUCGCAGCACCAUUUAUGGCCAUACGCUUAUCCGGGGUGUUCAUGAUCUAGUUCCGUUGUCCAAGAAUCGCACCUACAUCAUUAUUGCGCCAGUUGCGGUUCACUCCAAGCAGCGGGAGCAGCGUGUCUAUGAGAAUCUUCACACUUACAUCCGACACGAAAAGCGACUGUGCGAGGCGGAGGCGAGGGCGAUCUUCCAUCAAAUCUGCCAGACGGUUCAGGUUUGCCAUCGCAACGGGAUCAUUCUGCGCGAUCUCAAACUGAAGCGUUUCUACUUCAUCGAUGAGGCUAGAACUAAACUGCAAUAUGAAUCGCUGGAGGGCUCAAUGAUACUCGAUGGCGAUGAUGAUACGCUGAGUGAUAAGAUCGGUUGUCCGCUGUACACCGCACCGGAGUUGCUCUGUCCGCAGCCAACGUAUCAGGGAAAACCGGCGGAUAUGUGGUCACUGGGAGUGAUACUCUAUACGAUGCUCGUCGGCCAAUAUCCCUUCUAUGAGAAGGCCAAUUGCAAUCUGAUAACGGUUAUACGACAUGGCAAUGUCCAAAUACCGAUGUCAUUGUCCAGAUCGGUGCGUUCGUUAAUGUUGUCGCUGUUGCGCAAGAACUACACGGAGCGAAUGACGGCAUCGCAUAUAUUCCUAACGCCCUGGCUGAAGGAGCAGCGACCAUUUCACUUAUACCUCCCGGUCAAUGUGCAAAUUGACGACGACUGGGAUGGGGAUGAGCUCGAUGAGCGCAUGGACGUUUGCGGCGAGGAGACCGAAUUGUGCCAUCUGCCGAGUGAUAAAAAUGAUGUUGGCUACGAUGAGGAUAUUGGUGUGGAGCCACUCGACUAUACGCACACCACCCUCAGCAGUGCCAACGAAACGACAAUUGCUGCAGAUGCUGCUGCCAAUGAUGACGAGAAUGAUGAUGAUGCGGAUGAGGAUAUGGGCUGAACACUGCCGGAUCUUGAGCCGUACACAAAGUGCCACUGGAAACUCGCAUUGUCGUAAACGCUGGCGCGUGAUCUCAAUCUCGUUGACUCGAUUGAUUGAGCUAUUCGAGAUUUUGAGGUUCAAUGCGUGACCGACCUUGUUGCGUUGCCUCAAGGUGCGCAUUGCGUAUUGAUUGAUUGCGCCCGCUCUCUACGACGAUGACCGAGCCUAAGGCGGCCCACGCUCUCCACGUCACCAUCAUCAUCAACAACAACAUCCAGAUCAUCAUUCUCCUGGAGGAAACUCUCACAAAAAAAAAAACAAAAAAGACUUUGUAGCCUCGCUCACCUUAAAUGUACACACACUUACACACACACACACACACUAAAUACAAAAAAACUCACUGCCUUCCAAAAGUGUAACGAAUUUAGUUCGUUCGACUUGUCGAGUUCUUAAUCUGUAUAGUUUUUCGCACACAUGUUGGAGGAGGAGCAUCCUCGUAACUGAUUCUUCCUAAAUGAGAAACCUAUGUACAAUACAUAAAUUAAUAUUUUGCUGUAAA